AUGUCACUGUGUUCAUUGGCCUUUGCCAUUUUCUUGACUGUUGUUGCUGGUAUCAAGUGCAAUGGGACAGAAGUGUGUGCCGGAAGCCCUGGUAUCCCCGGCACUCCUGGAAACCAUGGCCUGCCCGGCAGAGAUGGGAGAGAUGGUGUCAAAGGAGACCCUGGACCUCCAGGUCCCAUGGGCCCCCCUGGAGGCAUGCCAGGUCUUCCUGGGCGUGAUGGGCUGCCUGGAGCACCUGGUGCACCUGGAGAACAUGGAGACAAGGGAGAGCCUGGAGAGAGGGGUCUUCCAGGGUUUUCAGCUUACCUGGAUGAGGAACUUCAGACUGAACUCCAAGAGAUCAGACACAAGAUCCUGCAAGUGAUGGGAGUCCUCAGCUUGCACGGAUCCAUGUUGUCAGUGGGAGAGAAAGUUUUCUCCACCAAUGGGCAGUCAGUCAACUUUGAUACCAUUAGAGAGACGUGUAUCAGAGCAGGUGGAAACAUUGCUGUCCCAAGGAGUCCAGAGGAGAAUGAGGCCAUCUCAAGCAUCGUGAACAAGCACAACACCUAUGCUUACUUGGGCAUGGUUGAAGACCAGACCCCUGGAGACUUCCGAUACUUGGAUGGGGCUUCUGUGAACUACACCAACUGGUACCCAGGAGAGCCCAGGGGUAGAGGCAAAGAGAAGUGUGUAGAAAUGUAUACAGAUGGACAAUGGAAUGACAAGAAUUGCCUGCAAUACCGGCUGGCCAUUUGUGAAUUUUGA